AUGCUAGAGAAAAAAGGAACUGGACUGUCCUUUCUCUCUGGGCCGGGACCGAUGCUCGCCGGAGUUUUCGGCAUUUUCGGAGCCGUCUAUUUGGCGGUGAAAUAUGCUUCGAAUAAGAAAGGAUACCAUAGGACCACUCCAAGGACUCUUUCUGUCAACCCGAACGAUUCUGUCGAGCUGCCUCUUAUCAAGGUGACGGAAAUCUCUCACGAUACAAAAAUUUUCCGCUUUGGAUUGAAAGAAGGUCAUCGCUUGGGACUGCCCGUUGGCCAACACAUCAACCUAAAGGCCAAGAUUGAUGGAAAGCUUGUUAUUCGUUCCUACACACCGAUUUCGUCCGAUGAUGAUCUGGGAUUCGUCGAUCUUUUGAUAAAGGUUUAUCUUCCAAACGAACGAUUUCCUGAAGGCGGCAAAAUGACCCAGUAUUUGAACAAAAUGCAACUUGGAGAUAAAAUUUCCGUGUCAGGCCCGAAAGGAAGAAUCAUUUACCAGCGAAAUGGAAAGUUCUUGAUCCGAGGAGCUACUGCUAAAGAUGAGAACACAAGAAAGAGCGGAAUCAAACAUAUUGGAAUGAUCGCUGGCGGAUCCGGAAUUACGCCGAUGAUGCAGAUUGUCAGGGACGUUUUCAAAUCGUCAGAAUCGACAAAACUCUCACUUUUGUUCGCCAACCAAACCGAAGAAGAUAUUUUGCUGAGGGAAGAAAUCGAACAAGUGAAGACUGACUAUCCCGAUCGAUUCAACUUUAUGUACACCGUCGACCGGCCGAAAGAAGGAUGGGAGUACCAGACUGGUUUCAUUAACAAAGACAUGUGUGCAACCUCUCUUCCCAUCCCUGGGGAUGACACAAUGAUCCUCAUCUGUGGCCCCCCUCCAAUGGUCAAAUUCGCCUGUCUUCCAAACUUGAAAGAGCUUGGAUUCACCGACGAUCAGAUCUUCGUCUACUAA